CAUUUGUUUCUCUAUUCGCACUCAACUGGAUAAACGAUACUAUCUCUGUUGCACUUGUACAUUAAAUAGGAACUUUGUCCAAGCUUUUCUCGUAAACAAAUGGAAGUUAUCAAAAAAUUCAAGUGCACUUCGCUAGUUCAUAGAGUAAAGCAUCGGGUCUGUGUCUUUAUUUUGCGUUUAGAGCUUUUAUUUCAGAGAAAAGCUGGGACAAAAUUAUCUGAAAACCGUUCUUAAGUCGAAAGUGAAAUAUUGUGAUUUUGGUCAGAAUGACUUACUAUUACAAAAUUUUGACAACAGUAUUUGUUGUUGCGAGUAUUAGUGUUUUUUUUUCUUUUUUUCUGAUCAUCACUUCAGCUGCAGUUAUCACCGAAAUACAAAAUAGUGAAGUAAUAAAGAACUGUCUGGAUAAAGAUUGUAAUGAAGUUUAUUUAGAACUCACUAAAAAAAUUAAUACGUCGCUAGACAAAAAUAUAAAUCCUUGUGACAACAUCCAACAAUUUGUUUGCGGUCAAUCUAGACUUGAGAGCUUUUCAGAAAAAACUAAAGUGAACUAUGAUAUCAUGAACAAACAUUUUGAAAAUUUGGUGACGCAAUCAGGUGACUUCGCCGACUUCAGACCCUUUAAACUUAUUCACGAUAUUUACAGAACAUGCAUGAGCAACGAAAAAACUGGACAGCAGUCUUUGGAUCUUCUGCGUGAUGUUAUUAAAAAACUCGGCAGCUGGCCUCUUUUGGAAGGAGACAAUUGGAAGGAAUCGGAUUUCGAUUGGAUCGACUUCUCGAUAAAAACCCAAAACAUCGGAUUAGCAUCAUUCCAUUUCUUAGAUUUCACGAGGUUUCAGAAUAAACAUGAUGGUGAGCCAACAGUCGGCUUGCUACUCUACGUUACUUCUGGUGAAUUUUCGAGAUCCGCUCUGUCGAAUUCUGUAAUCGCUGCUUACAAAAAUUAUAUUGCUAAAAUCUCUGAAUUGCUAGGAAACACCCAAACAUCGAAAGAAGAAAUUGAUGAAAUGGUUACAUUCGAAUGUAACAUUUCUAAACUGAACAAAGAUCAAAGAUAUAACAAUACAGAAGUAUCACUCGAUGAACUUAUCAAACAAUUUCCAUCAACGAACUGGCGAAAAUUCUUUGAAAAUAUUCGAGUGUGUAACAAUGAAACUCCAACGAAUCUUUCCAAAUCAAGUGUCAUUAAACUUCCAGCCCUUUCUGACUUUUUUAAGCUCAUGGAAAAAACUCCGAAACGCGUCCAAGCAAAUUACGCAGUAUGGAAAAUAAUACAAGAAACGAUUCUUUAUUUGACAGAGGAAUAUCGUGAUCUACAUCGCGAAUACUGUUUGACUCAGAAGUGCAUGGUCGAGAGGCGCGAGACCUCUUGCUUAAGCGUUAUCGGAAAUUAUCUACACCCAGCACUAAAGUUAUUGUUUGCUAAAAAUUUCUACAAAAAUGGCAUCGAUACGAUUAUUGCAGAAAUGGCAGAAAAUAUAAAAGAGCAAUUGGUGGAUUUGAUAAACGAGUCGACUUGGAUGGACAAAAAAACUAAAAAUCAGAGAAUCGAGAUACUUGGAAAUAUGUCAUUCGUAAUUGGUUUUAAAGACAAGAAUAAUACCGAUGAUGAAUUUCUUAAAUAUUACGAAAAUUUAGAAAUAGACACGAAUAAUUAUCUCCAGACGCUAAUAAAUUUGGAAUUGUUCGAUCAAAAAUUCGAUACGUAUAGAAAUUUAAUUAAAAUAAAUUCUCACGAUGUCGUUACAUCUAAUUAUGUAUACAAGGAUAAAGGAGUAAUCUAUGUGCCAAUGUCAAUGCUUCAAGAACCAUUCUUCAGUGUUCAUUAUCCAAUGUAUAUAAAUUACGGUUACACUGGCAAAGCCAUUGCAGAUAAAAUGGCCGAAAUGAUUGUUUUCAAGGGAGAAAGAUUAAUUGAAAACGUGGAUUGGAUUCAUCAUGAAAAAGUUUCUUGUUUUCAGAGACAAAUGUAUAACUUUAUCUCUGAUAUUAACGUAGGACGUCCGAUGGAAGAAUUGUUUUACGCUGGUAAACAAAUCAGCGAACAUAUCGCUCACAAAGCAACAUAUCGAGCCUACCAAAAAUGGCUCACCAAAAAUGGAAUUGAAUCUUCGUUACCGGAAUUACCCUUUUCAAAUAAUCAGUUGUUCUGGAUUAAUUCAAUUCGUAAUUCCUGUGAUUCUUUUCCAAAAGAACCAAUAGUUAUCGAUAAUAAGUAUUCGAUUUUCGACUUUUAUAAAAUGAGACUUGUGACAAAUUUCCCAGAAUUUUAUAAAGAUUUCAAUUGUCCAACUGAUGGUUCAUUUCUUAAAAAUUAUGGACCAGCGUGCAGUUUCUAAUAAGUUUUAUACUAAUUAUUGUACACUGAUAGAAAUUUUAUAUUGACUCAAGAAAUAUUUUCUUGAGCCAAGAAUUUAUUUUUGAAGAAAACCAAUUGUCUUCCUUCAAGAAAUUCUAAGUUAGUUACCUAACAAGAUUUACUAUACCGACAGUUGAAUUUAGUUCACGUCCGACGUGAUGUGACCCCUGAUAGCCUGUUACCAAGUUUCUGAGCAACUUGUAGUUAAUUUGUCGGCAACAGUAACACGAGCUGAAAAUUGUCGACAAGUUUCUAGGAAAGUUGCCGUCAUCUUAAGGAAAUGCCUAUUUUUGAGGCCAACCUUGGCGACAGGUUGUGGCAAUAGGUUGUCGACAAGUUGCGGCCAACUUGGCUACCCUGAUUAAGAAAAAUGAUUUACUCCAUGCUAAACAGAAAAAAAGAAUUUCUUGGCACAAGAAAAAUUUUGCAUUAUGAAUUGAAGACAAAAAUUUUUUCUUGGCUCAAGAAUUUUUUUUUCGCCUUAAAAUUUUUUUUCUUGUUUCAAAAAAAUUUUUUCUCACCCCAAGAAAAUUUUUGUUUUCACUUUGUAAUACGAAAAAUUUCUUGGGUCAAGUAAAAAUUUUCUUAGGAUAAGAAAAAAUUUUUUGC